AUAUUAUCACGGCGAGACGUUAUAUCUGAAGCAAGAAUACAGCAUCCUCUUGCACAGCAAUGGCUGCGGUGGACGAGCCUCCGCAGACUAAAUCCAAGGUGUGUUCGGUGCAGCUGGUAUAUGACUCCCGCCCUCAAGGCGUUCGCGCGUAGGAGAAAACGAAAGCAAAGCAGAGGUACUCGUUAUUCCCGGGUCUGGUUCCGAUGCGGAGGGCCAUGAGGGAUCGUCGGAAGAGAGCGAGGUCGAGGAGAUGAUUGUAGAUUCUUCGCGACCUGCAGACGUCGAAGAGGGGCAUCAUCUUGAAGCGAAUGAGAGAGCGAGGGGCAAAGGGUCGCGGAAAGAGAAGGAGGACACUGAGCGACCACGAAAGCGGCGGAAGCUCGAAACGGAAGAACAGAACGCGCAGCCCGUAGACGAUGAAGAAACCGUACCUCGCGAAGCAUCCCCUCAACCACGCCGUAGAUCCAAUACACCGCCAGCAGCCCUCCCUGCCUUCCCCCUCCCUACGCGCCCCGACGCGCCCUCGAGACAGACGCUCGCCCUCCAAGGGCUCGAUAAGGCACUCGUCGAGGCCGAGCUCGUCGACCCUGCGAAAUUGCACGCGUUCCCUACUGCGUCUGACGACGACGGAGGAACAGGUUUGAAUGAGAAAAUGCGGAAGAGACUGAAGGAACUAGGCGUGACGGAGUUGUUUGCUGUUCAGACGGCAGUCGUCCCGUUUCUGCUCACCCCCGACUCUGUCAAGGCACUCUACUUGCCGUAUGACCCGCCGAGAGACGUCUGCGUCUCCGCGCCGACAGGUAGCGGAAAGACGUUGGCGUAUGUCCUGCCCAUCGUCGAGAUCCUCUCAGUACGUGUUGUUACUCGCUUGCGGGCGCUUAUCGUGCUCCCCACGCGCGAUCUCGUUACACAAGUGCGCGAAACAUUUGAGGCAGUGGCAAAAGGGCGAGGACUCAAGAUUGCGACGGCAACUGGCCAGCACUCCUUCGCCCAUGAGCAGGCUCAACUCAUUGCUGACAGGUCCCCGGACAUGCAAGGCGGCUCUAGCAAGGUCGAUGUGCUCAUCUGCACGCCCGGCCGCCUCAUGGACCAUCUGAAUGGCACGCCGAACUUUUCCCUGCAACACCUCCGGUUCCUCGUAAUAGACGAGGCCGACCGCCUCCUCGCUCAAUCCUUCCAAGACUGGCUCGCCCAAGUCCUCUCUGCCACCCGUCCACCACCCGUCCCCGAAGGUCCCACCUCUCUGUCUCCCAACCCCUCUUCCACACUCGACAUCCCCCGCGCAGACGCCCUCUCCCCCGCGUCCCUGCACCUCCUCCACGGCAUGCCGCACGUGCGCACCGACGUCGAUGAGAAGCGGGAGUCGUCCUGCCAGAAGCUGCUCUUCUCGGCGACGCUCACGCGCGACCCGGCGAAGAUCGCGGCGCUGAACUUGCGGGAGCCGAAGUACUUCGUCGUGCAAGGCCAGGGCAAGGGCGGAGAGAAGGGCGGAGAGGGCGUGCUGGAUUUCGUGAUGGAGAGGUACAGCAUGCCCGCGACGCUCUCGGAACACAUGCUUGUCUGCUCGUCUGCGGAGAAGCCGCUCAUGCUCUUCCACCUCGUGCACGCGCACGACGUCGUCAACGCGCUCGUGUUCACCAAGUCCGCGGAGUCGACGACACGGCUCGUCAGGCUGUUCGGGUUCUUCGAGGCCGCGCUCCGCGCGGAGCAGGCCGUCGUCGCGUGCGCGUACUCAAGCGACCUCAGCCCGGGCGAGCGCAAGACGAUCCUGGAGCGGUUCAGGAAUAGGGAGAUCCACAUAUUGGUGUGCUCUGAUCUGAUCUCGCGCGGGAUCGACAUCAGCCACGUCUCGCACGUCGUGAGCUACGAUGCCCCGGUCGACAUGCGCAAGUACGUGCACCGUGUCGGGCGGACGGCGCGGGCGGGCCGGGCUGGAGAUGCAUGGACGCUCGUCGAGGAGCAAGAGGCGCGCUACUUCAAGACAAUGUUGAAGGGCGUAGACCACCUGGAGAAGGUGAAGCGCAUGCGGGUCGCGGAGAAGGACGUGGAUGGGUUGAAGCCCGCAUACGAGAAGGCGCUUGUGCAACUAAAAGAAGCGUAUGCACGGGGAGCCGGCUGAUUGGCAGACUCUGCGAACGUCACUUCUUAUGGGAUCCCGUCUCCGGUGCCACGUAAGUUCAUUGUACGUGGCGUGCAUUCGUCUGCCGUCUCACGGAGGUCUGCCAUUCAUGGAAGGUCCGGGGCACUUUGCUAGUUUCGGAGUCCUGUACUUGGGUUGAAGUAUAGCGGUUGAAC